AUGGCCAUAGUUGGGACCGAUACAACCAAACAUGCCCAUAGGAUCCACCGCCCACGAGUAGAUGCGCUCGGACUGAAAGUUGCUGCUGUACCACAGUCAACAGACGCCACCUGCGCCCCCGCUUCGCCGCGCAGCGCACACCAAUCUGCCCACGCGCCGCCCCGCCUCUCCUCUCUAGUCGCCAGGCUCUCUUCUUCUUCCUACGCGCGCCGAGAGAAGAUGGGGAAGCGAUGGAUCCCGCUCGAGGCCAACCCCGACGUCAUGAACCAGUUCAUCUGGGGACUGGGAGUCACCGAGGGGGAGGCGCAGUUCUGCGACGUCUACGGCCUCGACGACGAGUUGCUCGCCAUGGUGCCCCAGCCCGUCCUCGCCGUCAUCUUCCUCUACCCGCUCACCUCCCUGGAUGAGAAGGUGGAGGAAUACGAUGCUUCUGCCACCUCGACCGCAGGGGGCAAGGAUUCAAGCGAGAAGGUGUACUUUACAAAACAGACUGUUGGCAACGCUUGUGGAACAGUUGGUGUUAUUCAUGCAAUAGGGAAUGCUGCAUCCGACAUCAAGCUGGUUGAGGGAUCUUAUUUUGAUAGGUUUUAUAAACAAACAGCUGAUAUGGAUCCAGUUCAGCGUGCUGUCUUUCUCGAGGAGGAUGAUGAGAUGGAGGGUGCUCAUUCUGUUGCUGCUACUGCUGGUGACACUGACGUAAACGUUGAGGUGAAUGAACAUUUUGUCUGUUUCUCCUGUGUUGAUGGUGAACUUUAUGAGCUUGAUGGACGAAAAUCAAAACCGAUAUCUCAUGGCCCUUCAUCACCUGAGACCUUGCUGCAGGAUGCUGCAAAAGUCAUCAAGGCCAGAAUUGCGACAAACCCUAACUCGUUGAACUUCAACGUCAUGGUUCUUUCAAAACAGUGA